CACACCCACACACACACACACACCAGACGGGGGGAAACUGAAAGCAAGCGGAGGCCGCUUCUCCGAUUGAUUUCGUUCCAUUCCAUCAUCACACAGCCAAAAGACCGCGACGCGCCCCUCUCCUCGCUCCCGUCCCCCUCGCGAUUUGAUUCGUCUCCCCACCUCCCGUUCCGCUGCCCCAUGCCGCCCGCCCGCCCCCUGCGCGCCGACUCCUCUUGACCCCGUCCCCGGCGACGACGACGACGCCGCCGCCGCCGCCGCCAUGGCCGUCGAUUCCGACAGAGGGGAGGGGGAUUUGGAGAUUGGGUUGGCGUCGCCGGUGUCGGAGGGAGGGGUUUCGCCCGUCGCCCCAGGCCGCCGGGCGCUCGAGUCCUGCCUCUCCGGGAAGCGCCUCGACCAGUCGCCGUCGCCCUCGCGGGCGGUCAGGCGCCCCGCGCUAGUCAUGUCCAGCUCCGGGAAGCGCCUCGACCAGUCGCCCGCGGCGUCGCCGUCGCCCUCGCGCCCGGUGCUGGUCAUGUCCCACUCCAGCAAACGCCUGGACCAGCCGCCCGGCCGCCCCGUGCUGGCCAUGUCCCGCUCCAGCAACCGCCUCGACCACUCGCCGGCGUCGUCCUCGUCGCCGACGCCGGCGAAGGGCCCGGCGCUCGUCAUGUCCGGCUCCAGCAAGCGGCUGGAACAGUCGCUCGCGUCCCCGUCCCCGUCGCCCAAGGCCGGGGCCGCGGCGCCGCCCGUGCUGGUGCUCUCCAACUCCGGCAAGCGGAUGGACCAGGCGGGCCGGAAGAAGUACGUCAAGCAGGUCACGGGCCGGCACAACGACACGGAGCUCCACCUCGCCGCGCAGCGCGGGGACCUUGACGCCGUGCGCCAGAUCAUCGCCGAAAUCGACGCGCAGAUGACCGGCACCGGGGAGGAGUUCGACAGCGAGGUGGCGGAGAUCCGCGCCGCCGUGCUCAACGAGCCCAACGAGGUCGGGGAGACCGCGCUGCUCAUCGCCGCUGAGAAAGGGUUCAUCGACGUCGUCGUCGAGCUGCUCAAGCACUCUGACAAGGAGAGCCUUGCGAGGAAGAACAAAUCAGGAUUCGAUGCUCUGCACGUCGCUGCAAAGGAAGGCCACCGAGAUAUUGUGAAGGUACUCCUGGACCAUGAUCCAUCCCUUGGGAAGACGUUUGGCCAAUCAAAUGUGACUCCUCUGAUAACUGCGGCGAUUAGAGGCCACCUCGAGGUAGUGAACCUUCUGCUGGAGCGAGUUUCUGGGUUGGUUGAACUAUCGAAGGCGAACGGAAAGAAUGCAUUGCAUUUCGCUGCCCGUCAGGGGCAUGUUGAAAUAGUUAAGUCUUUGCUAGUCAGCGAAGCUCAGCUUGCUCGGAAGACUGAUAAGAAAGGACAGACCGCUUUGCAUAUGGCGGUUAAAGGAACAAGCGCUGCGGUUGUUAGAGCACUUGUGAAUGCUGAUCCGGCCAUAGUUAUGUUACCUGACAAAAAUGGCAACUUAGCUUUGCAUGUUGCCACCAGGAAGAAAAGAUCAGAGAUUGUGAAUGAGCUUCUGCUUCUUCCGGACAUGAACGUGAAUGCGCUGACUAGGGAUCGCAAGACUGCAUUCGACAUAGCAGAGGGUCUUCCGCUAUCAGAGGAGUCUGCGGAUAUAAAGGAUUGUUUAUCCCGCGCUGGUGCAGUGAGAGCAAAUGAUCUGAAUCAGCCUCGGGAUGAGCUGAGAAAAACAGUGACUGAGAUCAAGAAGGACGUACACACUCAACUUGAGCAAGCCAGAAAAACCAACAAAAAUGUGCAUGGCAUAGCAAAGGAGCUGAGGAAGCUCCACAGGGAAGGCAUCAAUAAUGCAACAAACUCUGUCACAGUUGUGGCUGUGCUCUUUGCCACAGUUGCAUUUGCUGCGAUAUUCACGGUGCCAGGCGGCAAUGACGACCAUGGUGUAGCAAUAGUUGUGCAUGCGGUAUCCUUCAAGGUGUUCUUCAUCUUCAAUGCCAUCGCCUUGUUCACAUCAUUAGCAGUAGUGGUGGUGCAGAUAACACUUGUUAGGGGCGAGACGAAAGCAGAGAGGCGAGUUGUGGAGGUGAUCAACAAGUUGAUGUGGCUGGCUUCUGUAUGCACCACGGUGGCAUUCAUAUCCUCCUCUUACAUAGUGGUGGGUCGGCACUUCAAGUGGGCGGCGCUGCUGGUGACCCUCAUCGGCGGGGUGAUCAUGGCCGGUGUGCUUGGCACGAUGACAUACUAUGUGGUGAAGUCCAAGCGCACGCGGUCGAUUAGGAAGAAGGUGAAGUCAACAAGGCGGAGCGGCUCAAACUCAUGGAACCACAACUCGGAGUCAGAUUCCGAGAUAGACCGGAUAUACGCCAUAUGAGGGUGAUCUCCGGCCUAUGAAGCCUCGGUCUUUUUGGCGGCGCCACACGACACGGAUGUACAAAGAAAGGGUUGGCACUAAGUAUAAACAGCUUUGACCCUCCAGGUGCUGUGGGUAUGGGGUUUUACCGUAUACUCCCUCCGUUCCUAAAUAUAAGUUUUUGUAGGGAUUUUACUAGAUGGACUACAUACGGAGCAAAAUUAAUGAAUGUACACUUAAAAUGCAUCUAUAUACAUCCGUAUGUGGUUCAUUAGUGAAAUUUCUACAAAGACUUGUAUUUAGGAACGGAGGGAGUACAUUCCAAUAAGCUGGUGUUCCUGGAUGGGCAGGAGCCAGGAGGCGACGGUCGUGUUGUAUACAUCUUCUACAGAUAGAUUGUCAUGAUCAGAAUAUGCAUGCAGCCUGUGCUGUGCUCCCUAUGCAUGGCUGGCUGGCUGGCCUUCAUAAAAUUUCUCUCAGCCUUUUUCUGUACCUUUUGUUAAUAUGCUGUGCUAGCAGAAUGGUAUGUGUACUUAGCACUCUGUACCUUGUAUUUCAUCUGAUAUCUGAGAAGGUUCUAGAAGCUUCUAGUUAA